AUGCAGUUUCUCAUGGGAUUACCUGAAUCAUACAGUGCCAUCCGUGGCCAGAUUUUGUUGAUGAAACCUCUCCUGUGGACUCAACAAGCAUAUUCCUUCAUCUCACAGGAAGAGAAACAGCCAGAACUUGGCUCCACACGUACUCCAGAUUCGCAGACUGCAGCCAUGGCCGUUCGUCAUGAUUCUCGCUCCCGUCCAGGAGGAGAUCGACCUCCACUCCACUGCACCUAUUGCAACUAUGAUCACCAUACCCGAGAUACCUGUUACCAACUUCAUGGGUACCCACCCAGUCACCCCCGCUAUGGCCAGAAGCCCAUUCCACGCCGCAACCACAAUAACAACCACAGUAGCAGUCGGCACAACACCAAAACCACCGGUGGCAGCAACCACCUUUCCCAUGCCUCCUUUACUGCCCACCAAGUCACCGCUCAUGCCCCAAUUCUCCAAGAUAUUCAGUCUGCGAUGCCCCACUUAUCCGACAACCAAUAUCAAGAAACCAUGUCCGUGGUGGCUGAGACAUCCAAUUCCUCUCCUUCCAACUCGCAAGCACAUACUGCUCCUGCCAGUUCUUUUUCUCAAGGUUUGUCACCCAUCACUUCUUCUCAUGGUCCAUGGAUCAUUGACAGCGGCGCGACAGAUCACAUCACAUGUUCUUCUCAUUCAUUGAUGAAUAGCACUCCCACCACUCCUUCACCUCCCGUUUCCUUGCCUAGUGGAGACAAGGCUCCGAUCACUUUGACAGGAACAAUUUCAUUAAAUUCCCAUACACAAUUGAAAGAUGUUUUAUGUGUGCCUAGUUUCAACAUUAAUCUUUUAUCCGUUGGUAAAAUUUAG